AUGAGUAAGAGGAAAAAGCUUCGGACUUCAGGAGAAGGAGUCUGUCCUCUGAAGGCCCCAAAGAACCCAAGGCUAGGAGACUCUGACGCCACCCCCCAGAAUUCUGAGUGGGGCUCUUUGUGUCUCCCUGAAGAGUCAGAAGGCAGAUUAGAACCCAUUUCCUCUGCAGAGCAGAGGACAGAAGAACCAGUACAGACAGCCUCCAGCUCCCAUGAUGAGGAAGCAGGAGCUCCCUCGAGGCUCCUCCGGCAACCGAAAGAGGAGCCAGUUCCCACUCUUCUUUCCCAGAACUCAGCCAGGAGGUUUGUCCCCCAGUUUGCAAAACCCAGGAAGACAGUGACGAGACAAGCAGAGCUGAGGGAAGAGGACCUUGGGGGUGGAGCCCCUAAAAUCAGUCAGGAAACACCACCAGAGCCCAGUACCCAGCAGGCCAGAAGCCAGCUGUGGGAGGAGUCCCUAGGGCUUGCUCCCUGGGAGGCCAGGGAGCUGGGUGCCCAGACCCAGGUAGACAGCACCCACCCUGAAUGCAGAGACCAAAACCCCAUGACACAUGUGCCUGGCAAUGGGAAUCCUCAGCCCUCAGCCUCCAUUGAUGCCUCUCCAGAAUGGGGGACAGUGCCCUUGGCCUCUGAGAGGGCCAGCCAGGACCACCUUUCAGAGCAAGGAACCAACACACCAGAUGACCAGGCUGUGCUGGGGGAGUCCCCGGCCAUGGAACCUGACUUCCUGCCAAACAGCCAGAUACGGGAUGCCCUGGAAGCCCCUGACUUUGAAGCCUCACCUGCGCAGUUGUUUCCUACGGGGACCAGGCUGGGCUCUUGUUGGCCUGACACAAGCCCACAUGCUGAUGGAGGCCUUCUCACGGAGCUCCAGCUGAGGACCUGUGUAGGGAUCAAGGCCUGUGAAGCCGCCAGGAUGGAGGAUGCAACAGACACCGUGCGCGGUCUUGUUGUUGAGCUCUCCAACCUGAAACCUGUGAGUGUUCACGUGUGUGAGCUUAUGUGGGAGUGUGAGCAGGCACUUGUGCCCGAAUGGGAGGUGUGGUCCCCACUUGGGCGUCUGGUGGAGCACACACAGCUCCUGUUGCAACUUCCAUGCAGCCGGCUGAUCAUGAGCGCCCACCGGGACCUGGAGGCCUUCAAGCGCCUCAGCUACCGGAAGGCGAGGCUGGCAGGGAAAGCCCCAGCACCCUACACAUCAAAGAGGGCUGGGAAUCUCCCUCCAGGGCGGGGAUCCUGGAGGGAUUUGUAG